GGCGCAGCUGAGGAGGAAAAUCUGCUCAGCUUCAGUUUUAAAUUAUUUAUUAAUUUUUUCGUUUUACUGCAGUAACUCAAAAAUGCCUGGAUAUUCUGAUAGAGAUCGCGGCCGCGACAGAGGUUACAACAGUGGACCUCCACGGUUUGGUGGGAGUCGAGGUGGGGGUGGCCCACCUGGCAAGAAGUUUGGCAAUCCAGGAGACAGACUGCGGAAGAGACACUGGAAUAUGGAUGAGCUGCCCAAGUUCGAGAAGAACUUUUACCAAGAGCACCCGGAUGUACAGCACAGGUCAAUGCAAGAAGUUGAGCAGUACAGAAGGAGCAAAGAAAUAACAGUGAAGGGAAGAGACUGUCCCAAACCUACAAUUAAGUUUCAUGAAGCAAGCUUUCCAUCCUAUGUAAUGGAUGUGAUCAAUAAACAGAACUGGACUGAUCCGACUCCCAUCCAAGCUCAGGGGUGGCCCAUGGCAUUAAGUGGCAAAGAUAUGGUUGGAAUUGCCCAGACUGGAUCUGGGAAAACCCUUUCAUAUUUGCUGCCUGCAAUUGUGCACAUAAACCACCAACCCUUUCUAGAGCGUGGUGAUGGCCCCAUUUGUCUUGUACUGGCUCCCACUCGUGAGUUAGCCCAGCAAGUCCAACAGGUGGCAGCAGAAUAUGGAAAAGCUUCUCGCCUGAAGUCCACUUGCAUUUACGGAGGAGCACCCAAGGGACCACAGAUCCGUGAUUUAGAAAGAGGGGUUGAGAUCUGCAUUGCCACCCCAGGCAGGCUUAUUGACUUCUUGGAAUCAGGAAAGACGAAUCUGCAAAGGUGUACAUAUUUAGUGCUGGACGAGGCGGACAGAAUGCUCGAUAUGGGUUUUGAACCUCAGAUCCGAAAGAUUGUCGACCAGAUCAGGCCAGACAGGCAGACUCUGAUGUGGAGUGCUACUUGGCCCAAAGAGGUGCGUCAGUUGGCCGAGGACUUCUUAAAAGAUUACGUCCAGAUCAACGUUGGUGCUUUACAGCUCAGUGCAAACCACAACAUUCUGCAGAUUGUAGACGUCUGCAAUGAUGGCGAGAAGGAGGACAAAUUGUUAAGGCUGCUGGAGGAGAUCAUGAGUGAGAAGGAGAACAAAACUAUUAUCUUUGUAGAGACCAAAAGGAAGUGUGAUGAUCUCACCAGGAGGAUGCGUAGAGAUGGGUGGCCUGCAAUGGGUAUACAUGGAGACAAAAACCAGCAGGAAAGAGACUGGGUGCUUAAUGAAUUCAAGUUUGGCAAAGCACCCAUUCUUAUUGCUACUGAUGUUGCUUCAAGAGGUUUAGAUGUCGAAGAUGUCAAAUUUGUUAUUAAUUACGAUUAUCCUAACAACUCUGAGGACUACAUCCACCGCAUCGGCCGCACAGCUCGCAGCCAAAAAACGGGAACAGCCUACACAUUCUUCACGCCCAACAAUUUUAAGCAGGCACACGACCUCGUCUCUGUCCUCCGUGAGGCCAACCAGGCAAUCAACCCCAAACUCAUCCAGAUGGCAGGAGACAGAGGAGGUCGUUCAAGGAGCGGUCGAGGUGGGUAUAGAGACGACCGACAUGAUCGUUAUUCCGGGGGCAGAAGGGACUAUAGCUUCAAAGACAGCCGCAGUUAUGAUAGUGGUCCAAAGAAAGCCUUUGUCAGCAAUGCCCAGAAUGGGGGUGCAUACAAUAGUGGGUCCAGCGGCUACAACGGAAACGGUAAUAAUGGCUUUAAUGGGCAGUCCAACUUUACUAACAACCAGGCUGGUGGUGGCUUUGGGAACCCGAGUUUUCAGAACAAACAAUUCAAUGCCAACCAGGGAAGUGCUCAGAAUGGCACAAGCCACAACGCACAGUUUCAAUACAAUGCCCAACAGCCUCCUCAACAGCCCAUGAUGCCCUAUUCCAUGCCCCCUCCUGCCUUUCGUUAAAUAAACUUGCACACAGCUGUAUGCGCACAAUGUAAUUUAUUGCAUUUGUCCUGUACAACCGUUCAUGACUUUAUGUACGUCUCGACCAAGCAGGAUGUAAAGUGACUCCUGCGUCCUAUAUCAACUCUGCAAUGCAGCAGCAGUAAUGGUGCACUUGUGGAUUUUUUGUUAUUUUUGUAGUUUAUCUGCUCAUUAACUUUUUCUUUUUUUUUUGUACAAUUAUGAAUUUACACCUUCAGUUUGAAAGACUAUUACCCUGGGCCGUGACAUGACCCUUUAAUAAAAAAAAAAAACCACAAA